CACACACACAGUUGGUAGAGUCCGGGACGGAGCAUCAUGGCGAUUGACGGAGGGGGGAGGAACUGUGGUGUUCAUGAGCUCAUCUGUGCCAGACGAGUCUCUCCUGAACUGCUGGGUGUCCUGUCUUCCGUCGCAGCCUUCAUGGCGUUGAUUGCUCUGUUUUUUCUGUACCUCAGCAACAAGCUGUCAGUGGAUAGUCCUGACAAUCUGUCACAUCUCAGUGGCUAUAAAAACACCCAGCCAGAAGGAGUUUUAUCAGACAGCGAGGAGGACAAGGGGCCCGAGGCGACGGCUCAGCAGAACACAACAGCGUCUGUGUGGAGUAACAACCGCAAACAGUCCACUGAGAAGGGAGGAUACAGCAGUGAGGCCUCCAGUGAGCGGGCAGCAAACAGCGUCAAGAGAAUAAAGAACGACUCCUCCCUCAGCGAGCACCAGCCUCCUCCGUAUCAGGACGUCAGCUCCGCAACCCGUGUGUCUUCUCGGCCUCGUCCGGAGCGAGCAGUCAGGAGGGGGUCGUCCCAGCAGCACUGCGACAGCCCCCGCUCCAGUGAGGCCAGCGUGGACCAGGACACCGAGAGCUACCUCAACAAAGGCUGUGAGGAGGACAUACCCAGUGACAGCACGGCUGUGCUGGGACCGGAGGAUGGCUCUGGUCCUCAGCUCCCCUCAGCCUACGAGCCUGAGGCCCUCGGGAAGUACGGCACGCUGGACGUCGCCUUCGAGUACGACUCCGGCGAGCAGUGGUUGGCUGUCACGGUCACCGCUGCGACAGACAUUCCCGAACUCAAACAGACAGGAAACAUCGCGUGGCAGGUCCACCUGGUCCUGCUGCCCACCAAGAAGCAGCGGGCCAAGACGGGCGUGCAGAAGGGCCCCUGUCCUGUUUUCACUGAAACAUUCAAGUUCUCCAGGGUAGAACAGGAGACCCUGGGGGACUACGCUGUUCGAUUCCGCCUGUACAGCAUCCGCAGGAUGAAAAAAGAGAAGGUCCUGGGGGAGAAGGUGUUCUACCUGACUAAGCUCAACCUGCAGGGGAAGAUCGCUCUUCCUGUCACCCUGGAGCCAGGCUCUGAACUUACGGGCUGUGGCUCCAUGGUGAGCGUGUCUCGCAGUGCAGGAGCUGUGUCCUAUCGCUCCACAGAAGACUCCUCGCUGCCAGAGAUCCUCCUGGGUCUCAUUUACAACUCUGCCACGGGACAGUUAUCAGCUGAGGUCAUCCAGGGAAGCCACUUCAAAUCUGCAGCGUCAGAUAAACCCGUCAAUGGUCUGUUUUGUUGUGUGAAACACUUUGUAGGGGGACAGCUUUAUAUCAUGAGAGACACCUACGUGAAGCUGACCAUGCUGGACUCCAAGGGCAAAGAGAUGUCCAAGUGCAAGACGGCCGUUUGCCGGGGACAGCCCAACCCCACCUACAAGGAGACGUUUGUGUUCCAGGUGGCGCUCUUCCAGCUGUCCGAGGUGUCGCUGGUGCUGACGGUGUUCUGCCGCCGGAGCACCAUGAGGCCCAGGGAGAGGGUGGGCUGGGUCUCCCUGGGCCUCAACAGCACCAGCGAGGAGCAGCAGGCCCACUGGGCAGAGAUGAGGGAGGCGGAGGGACAGCAGGUCUGCCACUGGCACACGCUGACGGACACAUAGGAGGAAGAGUGACUAAGACUGAACUUACAUUCCCUGCAGAGUUUUAAGGGAGCAAGAAGCACCUUUUCAAAUGUGUGAUGUGUGUGUGUUUGUGUGUGUGUGAGUUUAGUGCAGACAGGUGUGAGGACAGGCGUGGGUUCCCAGUCUUCGGUGCCAGAGACUGUGUGACUACCCUUUAAUCUGCCACUUUUUCUCCAAGGCAGAAAGGAGGAUUUUAUUGGAGGAGGCGUCAGCUCCAGCCUUUUUAUUGACAGUCGAAUGCAAACGACGGACUGAAAAGGAACGGGACUAGAAACACUGAACCAACCCGAGAACAGCGGGAAAAAUGAUUGUCUUCCAGUAAAUCUGCCUAAAGCAAAACCUGCAUGCUACACCCAACUGUUUACAGGACAAUUUUUAGACUCUCUCAAACAUUUUUCUGUCUCUGAAUCUUGGACCAAAGAGCUCGGUCCAGGACCAGCGGACUCCUCCCCGAUUCUCCUGGGCUACUCUGGACUUCGGCUGCCACCAGCAUACCAGACAUUUCUCUAUCAGUCACAGCCAUUGACGGAGGAGGAGGAGGAGGCAAUGUGAAGACUGUUACAAAGGGCCUAUAACAUGCUGCAACUAUGCUUACAAGCUAUGCUUUGUACAGUUUGUUUACAUGCACAUGACAUUAUGCAAGAUCCAUUCGUUGGAGUCCCCUUUUUCUUUUGUUUUUUAAAUGAUCAAGUAGUUUUUCUGUGUCUCUCUGUGGAAUGUUUUACAGCUUUUCUUUUCUUUUUUUUUAUUGUUGUCUUGCAUAUUUCAGUACACUAUGCAUCUGACGCCACUAUAAAACGAGAGGAAUGAAAUCCUGUCUACAACUGGAUACAGCUCUGCAUGCCACCGGUAUCAAAGAGCAGCUUCCUUUCCUUGUAGAGUACAGAUUGAGCCUCUCUCACCAUUCAGCCUUCUGACAACUCAGCCAUGUUCAUUCAAGUAGAAACACGGUGCUUCCCGCUGAGGAGGAAUAUGCAACAGCCUUCGCAGUCCAACAAACCUGGACGUUUCAGCCUCGGCUGUGUUUCGCUGUUGAGUGAGUCGGAGUGGCAAAAAAACAUUUAUAGGACUAAAGGGUAAAUCGCAUUUUCUCAUUACAGUUGAAUGGAAGCUGUAUUAUUAAAUAAAGGCUCAAAUGAAUGCAAUAACAUGUCUGGAAGGGUGAGGAAUCUGGUUAUACUUCUGCUGUACUCAUCUGGAACAAUGCCAAUCUUUAACCCUUAUUAAAACUGAAAUGUAUGAGUCAGAAAUCCCCCCACAACAAGCCUACUGCAGACCACGCAGCAACACCCAUGUUUUAGUACAAACUAUGAAACCCUUCUCUCUUUUUUGGCUGAAGCUAAAGGGUGUGGAGUCUUUCUUUCUCCUUGUCCUACUACUGAUGUCACAGCUGAACACAAAGAUCAUGGUAAGGGCUGCUGCAACAACAUAUCGACACUUACAUUACAUUUCUUCAGGGCCGAAUUUCUCCAAAGUUAAAAUUGAUUCAUUGUAAGAUGAAUGAGACCAGAUGUCAUGCAUUCCUGUCUGAUAGAUUAUUGGCUCUUGAUUGCAGAACAGUCACUAGAGUAGUUUUUUGAGUCAUGAGUUUGGCUUGCCAUUUUUUCUUUUGUCAGCACAAUUUGUGCAUAACCAGCAUUUAUAACUACUGAAGAAACAUUAUAGGCAACAUGUAGAAAAAAAAAGUGUUAAACGAAAAAGCUACUUAAAUUAGCCAUGUAGCUGAAUAAAGACUAGGCUAAAAAUGCUGUGGUCUCAUUAGUACACUAGAUGCUCAUUGAAGGUAACUUAUCUGCCUUUGUACAGCUAGUUAUUAUUUCUCGACAGGACUCAAGUCAUUUCCCGCAGCACUUUCUUGUAGCCUAGCAACAGUCAUUUUACAGGAAAUAGUCGGCUCCAUAACGACCCAAGGUACAUUGUCAAAUUGUCGUAUUAACACUUCUGUUUUCAAUAAAUCAAUCAAACACGA